ACUCGGGAGGCUUCUCGUCAGUUUUUGCUGUUAGUGACCGGAGAUCGACUUUAGUGCUUCAGCUGAGAUGAGGACCGGCCGAUUCAGGACUCGCCUGCUUUGGUUGUGUCUCGUAUUCUCUAGAGGUCAGAGUGAGUGCCGUAGUCCUGAUGGAUCUCUGCCGCUGACACCAAGCAUCAGUCAUUUGGAGGCUUUUAGUGACGAGCAGAGCCUCGUGGUGAGCUGGCUGGGGAGCCGCGGAGCCUCGGAGAGCGACGGUACUGAGCUCCAGAUCAGCCGCGCCGACAGGGACAACAUUGUUUACAGUGGGAGUGUGAGUGUAUCGGCAGGAGCCUCGGGUGAAUACAAGUGGACGUGGUUUUCUGAUUUGCCUCUGGAGUGCACCGAUCACUCAGUCAGGAUACGAACUUUGUGUAAUCAAACCAGCUCGAGUUCUUGGAGCAGCUGGAAAACCAACUAUGGGGUCGAGGCAAAAACUGCGACGCAGGUAUUUCCUAAUCGAGAGUUUCUAAAGGAAGGCGACACCGUCAUGUUCUGCUGUGUCCCAAAAGAGGGAGUCAAUAUCACAAGGAUCACCUUCGGUGUCCACCAGUACCCUCUUCUGAGCGUUGGAGCCCGAGUCAAAGCUGUUUCUGUAAAACAUCUGACCAUCCCAACGACUCUUGUCAAGGCAUGGAGUCUCACUUGCAGCGACUCAACGGGCGAGAAAGUUCAUUCCAUGAAGUUUAUCAGCUUUCCUCCUCAGAAGCCCAGGAACAUCACUUGUGCAACAUCAGACAUGAAAACUGUGAACUGCAGCUGGGAUUCGGGCAGGAAACGAGCCCCGUCUGACCGCAACACGCAAACAUAUGUACUCCACAUCGAAAACUCACAUCAAGCUCCCAUCAAAUGCAAGUCGUCGCUUUGCUCUUUCCCAGCUGUGCCACAGCUGCAGGAAUACCGCAUCCGCGUGGUGGUAAAGGACCAGCUGGGAGAGGAGAUGGAGAUCUACAACUUCAACAUCUCUGACAGAGUGCUUCCUGUGUUGGCCUGGGACAGAGUAAACCCUGGAGUGACGGACGUCAGCUUGUCCUGGAGUGUUCAAGGGAACUUGACUCAAACCGGCCUCCUCUGUCAGGCUGAAAUCCUUUCAGACAGCACCAGAGAGCUGAUCUGCAAAAGUGUGAGCGGCCUCUGCAGGACCAAACUAGAGCAUUUACAUCCCAGCACGCGUUACUCUGCAAGGGCCCGCUGCUCUGUUAGUGGCAGACUCUGGGGAGGAUGGACACAGCCCGUAGUUUUCUCAACAGACUCUUUGGUGACCUUGGACCUAUGGAGAAGAAUACAACAUCUGUCCAACUCCGACGGCCGUCAGGUUUCCCUGUCAUGGAGCCCGCAUAUUUUUGGUAAAGCAUCUGAAGUUACCAUCCAAAGCUACAACCUCACCUGGUCUCAGGACGGCCAGGUCUCAACAGAACUGAAGGAUGGUGGACAGAACCAGGCGGAGGUCUUUGUUGGUUCUGGUAGGUGUGACAUCUCUGUUCAAGCCGAACCUUCGACCGGCUUCUCCCUCCCUGCCACCAUCACCAUCCCACCAAACGGCGACACAGGCAUUGUGCCAUUAAAAAGGCGAGUGGGCGGCAACGCGGCCGGUGAAUUUUAUUUGUCGUGGAACGAGCAGAGCUCCGUCACCUGUGGUUAUACUGUAGAGUGGUGCAUUCUGGGAAACACGGCACCCUGUACUGUUCAGUGGAAGAAGGCACCAGAGGGAAACAGCACUUUAUUCCUGCCUGCUAGUCAUUUCACAGCUGGCUGCAGGUAUACAUUUAAUGUCUAUGGAUGCUCAGAAAAUGGACACACGCUACUGGAAAUACAAACUGGAUACUCACAGGAGCUCAGUCAUGUACAAUCCCCCAGUCUGAUCAAGCCUGUUUACAUUACAUCUUCAUCUGUGACUCUGGAGUGGCGUUAUGAUGAAGAUGAUCCAGUUCAGCCAGCGUUCAUCACCGGUUACCUGGUUACGCUGCAGGAAACGGGGUCUGAUGCUCAGACUGGUCAGGCUGCAAAUUUGUUCAACGUGUCAGUGGGAGACCCCCGUCAGAGGUCUGUGACCAUCGAGGGUCUGCAGCAGCAGCAGGAAUACACCUGCUCUGUGAGCGCUCUGACUAAAGAGGGGCCUGGACACCCUGCAAGCAUUACAGUCAGAACCAGAACCAACUGUAAGCUUUGUAACAUCCCUCUAACACACACACACACACACACACACACACAUGCAUGUUUUGACCACCUGGUUGCACACACAGCUCUUCUUGUUUCCUUCGGUAGACUUGUCUCACUCGGUGAAGAUUCUGACUCCCAUCUUACUCCUGCUCGGCUGCGCCAUUCUCCUGUGGCCACAGCGGAAAAUGUGAGUGGUGUGUUUUUCAUGCUGUCACUAGAAUUUGGAUUAUUUUUAUUAAACAAGACUAUCUGGAGUCUGUGUGUUCCCUACAGGCUAAAGAACAUACUGAAGGAGGUCUAUACUUAUCCAGUGGGAAUGAACAUUAAAACUCCUGAGUUUGACAGCUUCCUGCGUGAGAUGGACCAGAAGCUGCAGGCUCAGAAGGUGGAGGAAUGCAUGAGCUGUGAAAUUGAAAUCUUGAAUAACAAACCUGAGAUGACCAAGCUGAAGGUUCCAGACCUCACAGACUUUCUGAGAUGUCCUGAUUCCCAGUCGUCUCCUCCAUCGCGUUCCUGUCUGCCAGUAGAAACAGAAUAUCGUCCACAGGUGGCCAUGAUGGUCAGCGAUUGUCCAACCCAGCAGCAAGCGACAGACAUCAGGGACAGGAGCUGCUUAAGCACCAUGGCCGAACAUCACUCUGAGCAUCAUGAGGUCACAUUAGGUCAAACAAGCCUAGAGCCCUCAGACCUUCAGCAGGAAUCAUGUGUCAUCAUCUAUGGUUAUAUAUCAAAGACUUGAUGAGUGUAGCAAAGCUAAAACCACAAACAUGUCUUGUGUUUAACUUUUCAUUUUCAAGUGAAACCGUAAAUACCACAGAAGCUACAACAGGCUUCCCUAAGCUUGUAGCCAAACUCAAACAGUCUCAACCAUGCUUUGGUGUCUUCUGGAAGAAUUUGUUUGCAGAAGCACCAGAUCACUAGAUAGUGGGAAGAUUAUAAAAAUUGCUGAAGGAAGUAGACCUUCGUAUCUACAGGAUGUAACAGGGACCAGUGACGGGUAUGACAGUCAUGGCGCAAGACUAUCUGAAAAUGUUAUGAAGCUAUUUUUGGUGAAAGGGUGAAAAGUUAAUCUAUUUUACCAAAAAAAUAAACAUUUGGUAUUUAGAUCUUAUGACAUUUAAAAUUGUUUACUUACAGGAAAUAAAGAUGUUAUUAUAGGAAAAUGCUAAACUUGAUCUUUUUUCUAGGAUUUAUGAUCCAGAAAAGACAAAAACAAAAUGAGCGUCUAGGAGAAAAGUAUUUGGAUUUCCCACUAAACAGUUUUUGUUGCUUUUCUUCUGACAGUAAAGAUAAAAUACCAUUUCCUCUGUUGACAACUUCAGCUUAGCCUUAGUUUCACUGAAACUCCCGUUGCAUGCUGCAACACGUCGCUGUGCUCCAGGUUUCUGAUGCGCUGAACCAGUUUAUUUUGCAGCUCAAGCACAUUUGUAUUCAUUUUUUACAUAAACCAACUUUUAUUCCUUCCAGCCAUUACACCAUUGUAUUUGUUCAACUUCAAGUGACGUUACAUCAGAACCUGUUAGUAAUGCAAGUUGGAUUUCUCUCAGAUUGCUGUAGAUAAAUGCUGCAUAUGUUUUAAAUAAUAAACUUCACAAAAGUUUCAUAUUUGCAUGUAAACAUCAGUGACUAUCUACCGGUUAGUCCUUUGCAGUUUCAAGUGCUGAAACUUGACUUUUGGGUAGAAACGGUGAUAGCGGUGCACAUUCUGCACAACUAAAACAUUCAUCUCCCACAUUAGAUUACGGCGCUGUCUACAUUGAGUGCUUGCUUCCCACACCAAACCUUCUGUCAGGAAUCUUGGCGUGACCUUUGACCCAGCUCUCACCCUGGAUUCUCAUGCCAGUUCUCUUGUUGGCUCUUCCUUCUUCCAUCUCAGGAACGUUGCUAAGCUGAGUCCCAUUCUGUCCCGCUCUGAACUUGAGACAGUUCUCCACACCUUCAUCUCCUCACGCUUAGACUACUGUAACUCUCUUUUCACGUGUCUGAGCAGAACCUCCCUGAACCGUCUACAGGUGGUUCAGAACGCCUGUGCUCGGCUUCUGACCAAGUCCUCCAAACACACCCACAUCACCCCGCUUCUCCUCCAGCUUCACUGGCUGCCAGUCACCUUCAGGGUUCAUUUCAAGAUCCUGGUUCUGGUCUAUAGGGCCUUACAUGGACAAGCACCAUCUUACAUUGGUGAUCUUCUUAGUCCCUACACCCCCAGCAGGUCCCUGAGGUCCAGUGACCAAAGCCUACUGGUUGUGCAGCACCAGGCUAAAGGUCAAAGGUGACAGAUCAUCUGCUGCUGUGGCCCCCAGACUCUGGACCUCUCUCCCCCUGAGCCUGAGAUCAGUGGACUCAGUGGUCUCCUUUAAAAAGCAGCUGAAGACUCACUUGUUCAAGCUGGCUUUUGUAUGACCUUCUUCACCUCUCUCUCUUUAUUCUGCUCUCCCCACCUAUUCCACCUUCCUCAGGAUCCACUGGUUUCCCUCUUUCCUGUUCACUCUCUCUCUUUCUUAACAUUUUUUUAAUCUUAACUGUCUGUUUAAAAUAUAUAUUUAAAAUGAGCUAAAAUAGACAGUUAAGUUUUCUAAAUGCUUUUUUAUAUUUUUACAAUUUUUGUUUUUGUGAAGCGCCUCGUGAUUUUUAUCUUGAGAGGCGCUAUAGAAAUGAUAUUUUCUUCUUCUUCUUCAAUCUGGAACAAGUUGUGAAGAUAUUGUUGCAAACUUGUCAGCUGAUUUCCCCCCCACAAUUUUUCAUUGCUGCACUGGAAUAAAAAGUUGCAGAACCAGUUCUGAAACAAAGAAGUGUUUGGAGUUUGCAGGGGGGUGAGGAUGGCAGAACCAACGACGCAGACAGGAGGAUAAACAGGCGGGUCAACAGCUGCAGGACUGAUCCAGUGAUGCAGAACCCCAACGGAAGGACACGAAUGCUCUGAUAUUUGAUGCCGAUCACUGACCAGAGUAUUUUGAACUAUGUGGCGUCCCACCUCCAGCUGCUGAGUUUGCCAACUGUCUAAAUGGUCGAAAUGAGGGUCAAACUACCUGGUUCAGUAGUUUAACUCAGAUGGGUUCUUGCGCUACAGCAGAAGAAGUCCUCGAUGUUUUUAGGACGGCAUCAAAUUUAAACUGCUUUAGCAGCACCACUUUACCACAUUUGAGUUUAUUUGUGGGGCAAAAACAUGUUUCGUGAGGUUAGGCAGGGUAUCUGCAGAUUUAAGGGAGCCAAAUUUAAGACUUUUUAAGGCCACUUUGACCAAAUUUAAGCUAUUUUAAAAAUUAAAUUUAAGCGAUAAUUUCCAGCUAUUGCCUGGAGCCGGUGCUAACAACGUCGCGAACGUGGGAUUAGCCAUCCAUUUACCAUUAAAUUUGCACUUCCCCAUGGUGCAAGCUCCCACUAGCUUAACCAGCUAAUGUGCUCAUCUAAAAAAAUAGCCCCCUUUCACAACCAACUGACUGCGUACGGUUCCGCUUACGCCAAAAUCAUACACAAAAAAUGCUGAACUAGAAAUUCACGAAAUUUUCAUAGAAAUAAAAGAAUCUUGUUUAUUGGGUCUUUGGUAAUUUAAGACCUUUGGAAACUGGAUUUAAGGAUUAUUUGUCAUUUUUAAGGACUUUUAAGGCCUUAAAUUAGGAAAAGCUAAUUUAAGACUUUUUAACACUUUUUAAGGACCCGCGGAUACCCUGUUAGGGUGACCAACACAUAAAAAAAAAACAAGUUAGACUUUAUUGGAUCAUUUAAAGUCAAAUCAGUAGAAAAAACAUCCAGAGAAAUGGGAAUAAUUUCAGCAAAUUAAAAAAAAAAAAAAAAAAAAAAAACAAUUAUUA